GGAGGAACACGGGAGUGUCGACUGUCACUCGAUCCGCUGAUUGCCGAGACGAGCGUGCAGGCCUGUGCUCGGGAUCGUCAGAACAACUGUGAGCCGCUAUGAGCGGCUACCUCGGCAGCCUGAGCGACCGCCAGCAAGCUGCGUUAGAUCAGUUUCGGAAAGCAGUGGAGGGCGUGAGAAGAGCCACCGACACGGACGCCUUCCUGCUUCGAUGGCUGAGAGCGCGGGACUUCGAUGUGACCAAAGCGGAGAAAAUGUAUCGUCAACACCUCGAGUGGAGAAAAGAGAACGGGGUUGACGAUAUGCUGCAUAGCUAUGAGGCGCCGGAGAUUGUGAAAGAGAACUUUCCUGGGAUAUUACUGGAAUCAAGUAAAGAUGGUCGGCCUGUUUGGUUAGCGCCAUUUGGACUAGACGUUCAUGCGUUUCUAGUGGCAGCGACACCCGCCGCCGUCAGGCGUCACCUCGCCUACCUGAUGGAACUAUCAGAACAUGCAAAGAAGGAUUCGUCAAAGAAAUUAGGCAAGGAAAUACACAGUCACUACUUCGUGGCUGACCUGGACAACUUGGGCUUGCGGCAGAUAUACUCUUGGCAAGUCUUAAAAGCUGCAGGCUACACUUUACGAAUUAUGGAGGAUCAGUAUCCCGAAUCCAUCGAAAAGUUCAUCGUGAUCAACACUCCGAGCUUUUUUCCUCUCCUAUGGAAAUUCUUGCGUACGCUAAUUACCCAGAGGACAGCCGACAAAUUUGAAGUCUACGGAAAAGAUGAUGGUUGGAAGGAGCGUCUCCGGGACCUCAUGGAUGCAGACAUCUUUCCCGUUCACUAUGGUGGGAACAUGGCGGGGCCCGACGGAGACACAAAGUGCAGGAACAAGGUGAACUACGGAGGCCGCUUCGAGGAAGGACUUUCACCGGGAUCAUAUGAAUCAGUGUUCGAAGAAAAAGGCGUACAACAGAAAACCAUCGGCCGCCGGGAGCGCUGGGAACUGCCCGUUGACGUGGCCGAGGCGGGCGCGCAUGUCACCUGGCGUUUCCAAACCACCGCCGGUGACUUGGCCUUCGGACUGCGCAGUCCGUGUGGGGAGGUUCUGAUUCCACAGCAACGACUCGAAGCAUGCAGCCUUGUACCACAGGAGGGAGCCUGGCAAUGCGAUACUCCCGGAACGUAUGUGCUCGAGUUCGACAACACCUACAGCUGGCUGACACCCAAGACCUUGGCGUGUGUUGUGAACGUGCACAGCCCUGAUCACUUUCCUUGACUGACAAUAAACCCCUGCAGAACUUUC